AGUACCUCGAUUCCAUUGAAGGCGUUGAGUGGCUUCUUGUUAACGACGAGGUUCAUACGUACAGCAAAUAUAAGAGGAACAUUCUGGAUACGAAGUGGCCGACGAAACAGGUCGUGAUCGUUGGUCCUCGUGUCUACUACUCUCGCCUUUCCCGAACACGAGACACACCGCGUCACAAACAUGGCCUCUCAAUCCAAACUUCAUAUCCCUUCCGCCAAUACGAUCGUCCAAAACACUCUCUUGUCGCCAUUCCUAACGGGCCCAUUACUGCUGUACGUCCAGCGCAAUCCGUCAAUACUGGACAAGAUUCCAUGGUUCCCGAACCUGACCCUAACUCUGCCCUUCCGAUUGCCAUUCAACAUACGUAACAGCAUUACCCUUCGCGCCGACCCUCCACUCAAGACACUCAAGGUACUUUUCGGGAUCGGGUUGGCGCUGUAUGUCAAUCGCUGGUUGAACAGGUUGGCCUUGAAUUAUUGGCACUUGACGAAACAGGGGGAGCCAUGGGAUUUUGAUGGCGAGGGGAAAGAGGUCAUUGUUAUUACGGGCGGCUGUUCCGGGUUCGGCAAGGAGAUGGUCAAGAUGUUGGCCGCAAAGACUAGGGCGAAGAUCGUGGUUUUGGACAUUCAGGACUUACCGGAGGAUAUGAAGAGUAUCCCUCGUCUAAGCUACCACAAGAUCGACCUGUCAAACUACGACUCGAUCCACUCGACAGUAACCGAACUCCUCCAGACAACCACGCCGACCGUGCUGAUCAACAACGCGGGCAUAGCCCAGGCGCAUACCAUCCUCAACACCUCAGACGCCUUUCUCGAUAAGAUCUUCCGCAUCAAUGUCCUCUCGCACUUUUCACUCCUGCGGCUGAUCCUGCCAAAGAUGCUCGCCGCGAAAAAGGGCCAUAUCGUCACACUCGCCAGCAUGGCCAGUUACACGGGACAACCUAACCUCGGCGAUUACUCCGCCAGUAAGGCGGCGGUGCUCGGUAUGCACGAGAGUCUGGUCCAGGAGCUUGCUCACCGGUACGAGAAUGGGCAUUGUAUCCAGGCUUCGAUCGUGCAUCCUAUUUGGGCGAGGACUCCGCUUGUAUCGUCCUGGGAAUUUGAGCUUGAUCGGUCCAAGCAGUUUGUGCUCACGGCUGACGAAGUGGCAGGGAGAGUGGUGGUGCAGGUGCUAGGUGGACGGAGUGGAAGCGUGUAUGUGCCUGAGAAGAUGAUCCAGGGAACGUUCUUGCGAUGUGUGCCGGAUUGGAUGGCUUUGGCGGUCAGAGGGAGUAUCAAUAAGGCGACGAAGAUUACGGAGGCGGCAUGAGAGUGGUGCCUGGAGGUGGAUAGGUGGUAAUGUAAUGCUGAUAACGGAGUCACCGCCAUCUCUUAAUGUUGGACCUAGUAGGGUCAUGUGGUACUCACUUCCCGGAUUGUCACUGGUGGGCGGUGAUGUGGUGGGCAGUCAUUUUAGGCGGUGACUGGAGCCAGUGAAGGGUACAUGAUCCCAGUCUGCGUUCUCCUUCUUGAGGUUUAUCAACGGAGAAUCUCUCCUUCUGCUUGGUUCAGGUUCUUCGACCGUUCACAUCGCUUUCUUUCCGCACUCGAAGCCAGAUAAAACCAGAUCAAGUUCCAACUGCUCGGCCCUCAGUAUGGCGGACUCCACGACUUCAGAAACAGCUGAUGAGGUCGUGCAAGGCUACCUCAAGGUCAUGAAACAGCACUAUGUGGCGGUGUCACUUACUGUACUCAGAGACAUUCCUCUCGAUAGUCACAAAUGGAUUGUUGACAACUAC